ACACCUAGGCUUACCUUACCUCACCUAUAUACCUAAUAAAUAAACAGCGGAGACACAUAUCAAAACCCUCGUUCGCCACAUUAUAUCACCCUUAGAGAGUACAUUCGAGAAGAUGCCUAGCCUCACCAUCACCGAGCCUCACCCAACCGUGCCGAAGAACUCAUACACGCACUCCGGCCGGGGCGGCGCAGGCAACUACUUCCGCGCGCCGACCACGACGCCCUCGUCCGGCGUAGCCACAAAGCCGACGGCGGCGCCGCGCACCACCUCGCGCUUCUACUCGGGGCGGGGAGGGGCCGGCAACGCGCACGUGGCGGCCGCGAAGCCCGUCCUGUCGUUCGACGAGGAGUUCACGCACAAGAGCCACAUCGAGCAGAAGCCCGUCGGCUACGUCGGCCGGGGCGGCGCCGGGAACGUGUAUGGCGCGAGCAGCGGCGGCUUAGGCACCGUCUCCCGCAAGGGCAGCGAUGCGUCCAGCCAGCACAGCUCGAGCAGCUCAGGUAGCUUGUCCAAUAUAUGGAGCCGCAUAAGCCACCGGCACUAAAAAGUUCGCAAACAGAUCUCGCGAAAUGAGAAGAUUUUUUUCUUUUUUUCUUUCUUUUUUUUUUUAAAAAAAAAGGAAAGAAAAAUCUUUUACCUACCUGAUUUUACA